AGGAGUAACAGAAGCUAUGACUCAUACAGGGAUACUGUGAAGGAAUUUUUUUUGAAGAGAUCAAACUGCUCUAUUACUGAUCACAGCGGUAACCAAGAUGCAGUUUUCUGAAAGGCGCAUGAAGCUGAGAUUGUUAGGUGACCAGAGAAGUGCCACCUACCCUCAUAGCCUCCAGUUUUACCUCGAGCCGCCAUCUGAAAACAUAUCUUUGAUAGAGUUUGAAAGCUUGGCUAUUGACCGAGUGAAAUUAUUAAAAGCAGUUGAAAAUCUUGGUUUGAGCUAUAUGAAAGGAUCUCAAGAAUACCAGAGCAAGUUAGAGAACGAACUUCGAAAACUCAAGUUUUCUUACAGAGAAACCAGAGAAGAAUAUGAACCACGAAGAAAAGAUCAUAUUUCUCACUUUAUUUUGCGCCUUGCGUAUUGCCAGUCUGAGGAUCUUAGACGCUGGUUCAUACAACAAGAAAUGGAUCUUCUUCGAUUUCGAUUUAGUAUUUUGUCUAAGGACAAGAUUCAAGAUUUCUUGAAGGAUAGCCAUUUGCAUUUUGAUGCUAUAAGUGACGAAAAGAAGAAUCUGCAAGAAAAGAUCAUUGCUUCAUCGCCAAGUUCAAAUGGGACUCAGUGGGAGUUGGAGGCAGUUUAUAAGAUCCCCUUUGCUGAUGCUCUAGAUCUGUUUCGAGGAAGAAAAGUCUAUUUGGAAGAUGGCUUUGCAUAUGUGCCACUUAAGGACAUUGUGGUGAUCAUCCUGAAUGAAUUUAGAGCCAAACUAUCCAAGGCCUUGGCAUUAACAGCGCGGGCCUUGCCUGCUGUGCAGUCUGAUGAGAGACUUCAGCCUCUGCUCAACCACCUCAGUCAUUCCUACACUGGCCAAGAUUACAGCAUACAGGGACAUGUGGGGAAGAUUUCUUUAGAGCAGAUUGACUCGCUUUCUAUGAAAUCUUUCCCACCCUGCAUGCGUCAGUUACAUAAAGCCUUGCGGGAAAACCACCAUCUUCGUCACGGAGGCCGAAUGCAAUAUGGCCUUUUCCUGAAAGGCAUUGGUUUAACCCUGGAACAGGCACUGCAAUUUUGGAAGCAAGAAUUUAUCAGAGGAAAGAUGGAUCCAGACAAGUUUGAUAAAGGCUACUCUUACAACAUCCGUCACAGCUUUGGAAAGGAAGGCAAGCGAACAGACUAUACACCUUACAGUUGCCUCAAGAUUAUUCUAACCAAUCCACCAAGCCAAGGGGAUUAUCAUGGGUGCCCCUUCCGUCACAGUGAUCCAGAGCUGCUGAAGCAGAAGUUGCAGUCCUACAAGAUCGCUCCUGGAGGAAUCACCCAGAUUUUGGAAUUAGUAAAAGGGACACAUUAUCAGGUGGCCUGUCAGAAGUAUUUCGAGAUGACCCACAAUGUUGAUGAUUGUGGCUUUUCUUUGAAUCAUCCUAAUCAGUUCUUUGUGGAGAGCCAGCGGAUUCUAAAUGGUGGUAAAGACAUCAAGAAGGAAUCUAUCCAGCCAGAAACUCCCCAACCAAAACCAAGUGUUCCGAAAGCCAAGGAUGCCUCCGCUACUGUCGCCGCUUUAAAUUCCUCUCUGGAUAUCGAUAUGGCGGGGCUGGAAGAUUACUUCAGUGAAUGAUUCUUAAACAGUUUAGUUAGCCUCUCUUCUCAGCCUUUGUUGCCUCUGUUUUGCCAUUUGCAAAACUUCUCCUUCCACCUUCCUCCUCACUUCAUUACAGCCAUAUAUGCGUAAUGACAGGAAAAUGAAGACCUUGGCAAUAUCUUGUUUAGACAAGCAAAAAGGGAUGGGAUCCUAUUGUAUGUCGACUGCAACUUGAAUGGUGUGAUGCAUGUCCUAUUUUAAGAGAUUCAGACAACCUUCUGGUCUGAGACAAGUCCCCUAGAAACAAUAAAAUGGAAAAUAAUAUUUUAAAAACAGAAUACUUA